ACAGGAAUAAUAGCCAAAGGGAGGGGGAUAGGAUGGAAAGAGUUGGGACAGGUGAAAGGGGGGUGCGCGUAUCAUAGCUCGCUAGCUUCUGCCCUCUCGCAUUUUUUGUUCUGCAGAGUUUACUUGUACGGUAUAGGGAGGCGGGAUUGUCAAACGAAGCCCAAUGGAUGACGGUCGCAACUGUUGCCUGUGCUCGGGUACGUGUGCUGGUACAGGUAACCCAUCAAGAGCAUGUGGGUGCGUUGCAGAUUACCUUUCGACGGAUGAACAAAGAAGUUGGUGUUGAAUGUCACGCCAGAGCCUCCCAGGGGCCUCUUGGGCUAACCAAGGCUGCCGGUAAGCCAAAUAUAAUGGACCCUUUGUAUAGCACUUGUGCUUGUAUCAUACCCUAUGUGACCGUCGACCGUUUUUGGCGCGACAACUCAGUCCUCGAGUGCAUUUUGGGUGCCUUGAUCCUCCACUUGUAUGAUGCAGAGAAGGGGGAGGUGGCUCCCUCCCCACUUCCGUGUUUUGUCCAAUACCAGCUCUUGUUUCGUAUGGAUAGCCUUUUCCUUCCGCUUCUCCAAUACAGGAGGAGUGAACCAUACAUCGCACUAAAAAGAAAAGAAAAGAAAAGAAAAACCUAUCUUUCUCCCCUGGCAUUCAUUGUGCUCUGCAAUACGGUACUUGACUCCCCCCCCCCCCUCCCCUCCCUCUUCCACGGGUGUUCGACCCUCUUGCUUUCCUGCUUCUUCUCCUCCCAAAACCCUACAAACCCUCGCCGAUUAAACAGCCUGUCCAUCCGCCAGAUUCCGCUGGAUGCAAGACAUGCACCAAUAGCAGUGACAAUCAACACUUUCUCUUUUGGGUGUCUUCCCGCUGCCGUUCGCUAUCCCAAGUCCUAUUGAUACCACCAUCGACACUCGUUUUGAAGUGUGUCGUUCUUUUUUGAGAAUACUUUCAAGACGCCCGGCUGCUCGCAUGCCCAGACAAACCUGGAGCCAACUGAAAUAGUCCCCUCUGCUGCCGGGACUACAAAAGUCUUUCUUUGCCUCGAGUACCCGUGUCCUUAUUCUUCUUGAACAACCCAUACUAUCUAUCUCUUCCAUUCUAUUCCUUCGUUUUUCUCUGUUUUCCUUUCCUUUCCUUUCUCUCCUUUUUACGGUCGUAUCGAACGUACUCGUUGGGAGUCGAUCCUCUCGCCACCACCCCCCUCUACAAGGUAACAUUACUCCAAACUUCAUAGACCUCUACGUUUUUUCCUACCGGCUCCUUUUCUUUCUUUUCUAUCUUGAGGGGUUGAUACUAUCGGCUCGCAAUGGGCUGGUUCGGCGAUUUGGAACUUGGUGCAAAGUAUGGGUGAGUUGUCUGAUCAUCCUUCUCCUAUACGGGUAGUUCCUUUUAUUUGAGUGCUGACAUGACUCUCCUCUAGUAUCAUCUUGGGCUCUUUGGUGGUCCUGGUAUUCGCUGCCGGGUUCUUGAAGUUAUUUCACAUUCGGUAUCAGUAAGUUGAUUCAUCUUUCCGGCUAGCGGUUAAUAGAUUUGAUGACUGACUUUUAUACAGGGCUAGAAAGUUCAACAGGGUAGAUGGGACCCGAUAUAAUGUUCCGCCAUGGAUCCUUGACUAACAUUUGUGACAGGAAGCUAAAGCUAAGGCCGCUAACGAGGAGGGGAAAACGGAACAUAUUGCCCUUAAUCAGAGGGAGGAAGAUGAAGGGGAUCUGUUUGGCAUCAGGGCAUUGGAAAGGGGGUUCACGGGAGGGGUUGCACAAUCGAGGCCCACAUCACCAAAUACUGCGGCCAACAGAUCUACCAGCACUUUGGUACCCUCAACCGUCAAUAUACCUUUCGGACAAAAGUCGGCCGGUUCUCUCGCCGGUUCUUCGAGAUCGGAGACGAAUUCGACCUUGACAAUUGAGGUUGGAAAUCCUAAGGGCGUUACCAUCUCAAAUGGGCGGACCAGCCCGAGGCCUGGAGAAAUAGCCGUCGACAUGAACUUGAACGUUCCGGAAUCACCUCGAAUGCCUCGAUCCCCCGACUCGAGCAGGGCCCCGUCAAUAAGCUCGGCACAGUCGUCGCCUACAUUGAGACCGGUGGCGGGUGUCGCAAUUCCCUCGAGUGGACUCGGGAUGCAGUUUGGACAGGAUGGUACGGUUUCCCCCAGAAUACAAGCGAAAGCUCCGACAAAAGUCGUGACGGGAUCUUCCCGGGGCAUGAUUGCCCAACCGCACUCGGCUUCCCUAGUGGAUAGAACGCCUUCGCUGUCUCCGUCAAGUUCGAGUUGCAGCACUGCAUCGAAAGAGGGAAAAUCGACUAACUAUGGAAAUCGUUCAGAUGCACCAUACGCUUCCCAGCGACCAUAUCAAGGGCAUAACCCUUCGAUACGGGUGGACGGUCCUGAUCAUCCUUGUGAGCCCUUCCCUAUAUGUUCCUGCAAAUCGGCCUGGUGUGUACAAGCUAACGUUACACAGCUUCACGGCAACGAUAAGGGCGGAUGGAAGCGGUGGUGA